UCUCCAGUCCACUCCCUACAAUCUACGAUCACAAUAGGAACAGUAUCAUCAACAAUGGCCUCAUCAGACGCAUCUCUCGCCAGCAAGGCCACCCCCAACAUCACCCCCUCUGACGCCGUCCUACACGUCCACAGCGCCCGUUUGAUCGAUGCCCCGUCCACGACCGUAUGGGAUGCCCUCAUCGACACCUCGACCUGGCCCUCAUGGAACACCUUUGUUCCUCGCGUCACCAUUCGCGAACAGCCUGGUUCCAAUCCCACCGCCGAUACCCCUCUCUCCCCAGUUCUUCAGCAAGGGACCAAGAUGACCUUUCACGUCCACAUGGACCCGUCUUCUUCCAGCGAGCAGGACGUGCCCCUCGUAGUCGCGACGUUUGCUCCACCCGACGUCGCGACCGGGCAACCGGGUCGCAUCGUGUGGACCAACGACGAGACGGCCUCGGGGGCCAUCCCGGGGUGGCUUCUGCGCGCGGAGAGAGUGCACGAGGUGGAAGAAGUCGAGGUGGCCGACACGGACGGACGGGUCCAGACGCGGACGGAGGUGCGGAACUGGGAGGCUCAAGUGGGAUACCUGGUGUAUGUGGUGCGAUGGAUGUAUGCGAGUACCUUGAAGAGGAAUUUCGAGUCGUGGGUGGGAGAUCUCCAGCAGUACGUGGAGAGGACGCGCCAAGCGUGAUUGAUGGUUUGCUUUCUACUCCAUACUCUCCUAGUCAGAUCCAAGGGAAUCGCAUCAGGAAUGUAGUCUCCCGGGUUAGUGAAACCAUCGUCGAUCCAUUUCAAUGUUUGUACACCGACUAGUACGCUUGGCAGCGGACGAACUGGUGGUCUGGAGGAUGGAGGCUGAUACAUCCAACCCCGUCGCAUCAUGUUAC